CGCUGUCCGUGGACAACACUGCCAGGUCCUCCUUCCCUCUGACUUCCUGAGUCUCUAGGGAAUAUACAGAGUCCUGCUGCGUUGUUGUUUGUUUGAACACAGUACAUCUGAUAAAAACCCAGUGGGUCGACCCUUGCAGAUGCUGUCAGAGGGGUCGUCAGCAGCCGUUGUGAUGCGUUGCCGGAACGCCGGCGGUCGGAACGUUGGCGUUGGUGCCGGGAUGACACGGAUCACCACCCUGUGGAUUAUCUGGGCCAGCUGGCUCUGCUUGACGGCCAACGGACAGAUGAAGAUACCGCCGGAAACGGUUCAGCAAUGGGCCGUCUCUUAUGGAAAACAAAUCAUUGCUCUUUCAACAAAAUACUCUGGUGCUCUGCUGCUCCAAAAGAAAUACAAAGACAUUGAGCCCACGGUGAAGAUGGAGGAGGUGGACGGAGAGGAGCUGGUGAAGACGUUUGCUGAGGAGAUGGAGGGCAUGCUGGGUAGGAAGAUGAAGUCUGUCAAGAGACUGGCGGAGGCAGCGGAGGACGCUGAUCUAUACCAUGAAUUCAACGCUACUUUAGAGUUUGACUACUAUAACUCUAUGCUGAUCAACUCGGUGGAUAAAGAUGGAAACGCUAUCGAGCUGGGAGGAGAGUUUCCUCUGGAAGAGAAUGAACACUUCAACAAGCUCCAGGUCAACACUCUGCAGAGCGACAUACAGGUUCCCACCAACGUUUACAACAAAGACCCUGGUAUUCUAAACGGGGUGUACAUGUCGGAGGCCCUGAACGAUGUGUUCGUGGAUAACUUCCAGAAGGACCCUACUCUAACCUGGCAGUACUUUGGCAGUGCCACUGGCUUCUUCAGACUCUACCCAGGCAUCGCAUGGACCCCGGAUGAAAAUGGCGUCGUCACGUUUGACUGCAGGAACAGAAACUGGUACAUCCAGGCUGCGACCUCUCCCAAGGACAUCAUCAUCGUAGUGGACGUCAGCGGGAGUAUGAAGGGUCUCAGGCUCACUAUCGCCAAGCACACUAUUAACACCAUCCUGGACACACUAGGGGAGAACGACUUUGUCAACGUCAUCGCCUACAGCGACUAUGUCCAAUACGUUGAACCCUGCUUCAAGGGCACCCUGGUCCAGGCUGACCUGGACAACCGAGAGCACUUCAAGUUGCUGGUUGAGGAGCUCCAGGUAAAAGGAGAGGGGAAAGUCAAGAAGGCCAUGAAGGAAUCCUUCAAGAUCCUCAAUGAGGCUGCAUCGUUGGGUCAGGGCAGUCUGUGUAACCAGGCCAUCAUGCUGAUCACUGACGGAGCCAUGGAGGAUUAUGAGGAAGUGUUUCAGGAGUUCAACUGGCCAGAACGCAGGGUGCGUGUUUUUACUUACCUUAUUGGUCGUGAGGUGACCUUCGCUGACACUGUGAAGUGGAUUGCCUGCAACAAUAAAGGUUACUACACACACGUCUCCACGCUGGCCGAUGUUCAGGAGAAUGUCAUGGAGUACCUUCACGUUCUGAGUCGACCAAUGGUCAUCAACCAUGAUCAUGACAUCAUCUGGACAGAGGCUUACAUGGACAGUGCGCUGUUCAACACCCAGGCUCAGAGCCUGCUCCUCAUGACCUCUGUGGCCAUGCCUGUGUUCAGCAAGAAGAAGGAGACUCUGUCUCAUGGUAUUCCUGGGGUGGUGGGGACUGACGUCCCUCUGAGAGAACUGAUGAGGCUGGCUCCUAGAUACAAGCUGGGUGUCCAUGGUUACGCCUUCCUCAACACCAACAACGGUUAUAUCCUCGCCCACCCUGCCCUCCGACCCCUGUAUAAGGAAGGAAAGAAGCUGAAGCCAAAACCCAACUACAACAGUGUUGAUCUGGCUGAGGUGGAGUGGGAGGACACGGAUGAGACGUUGAGAACUGCCAUGGUAAAAGGAGAGACAGGUACUCUGUCCUUAGACGUCAGAGCCACUGUAGAGAAAGGGAGAAGAGUCAUGUUCCUGAAGAAUGACUACUUCUACACAACCAUCAACGAGACGCCGUUCAGUCUUGGCAUGGUGCUGACCAGAGGGCACGGAGAAUACAUCUUCAUUGGGAAUGUGUCUGUUCGGAAGCCAGAUGUGUCCAUCGCAAAUGAGUGGACCUACUGUGAGACAGACAUUGACCCUCACCACCGCAAGCUGACCCAGCUCCAGGCUGUGUUUCGAUACCUCACAGGAAGGAACCUGAUCUGGAGUGAUGAGGAACUGUUGAGACAGACUCUGUUUGAUGCUGUGGUCACAGCCCCCAUGGAGGCUUACUGA